AUGCCGAGGUGGCCUUUUCGUCUGAACAAGAAAUCGUACGCGUGGUUACAACACUACAAGAAACUCCGUACCUUUGUUAUCCAGCAGCAUGGCCUUGCUCAAAUGAACGAGCAAGCAAGUCGAUUCUUCUUGUUGUGGAGCGGUAGACCUGUGUCGUGUUCAUCAGCCCCACAUCUUCUUCGACGGUUCUUCAUUACGAUAAAUUGCGAAGAAAUGAAGAUCACCUGUAUUUCGGUAAGACACGCAAUUUCUGGGAGGAACUACGACGAAUCUUUGGAUCAUGAUAGGGCAAGAGACCUGAAGUCAGUUGAUCCCAACAUUGCCGCGCUGCUAGAUUCUUCCAAGGUGGCUAUGCAGUUGUCGGACGCGGAGGCAGAGGAGGAUUGUGGAGAACGCGAACCCUAUUCGGAGGACGAGGAAGAUGCUGCUGUGGCAUCCGAUUCCAGUGGAUACGUCCCCUCAAGGCCGACUCGUACCCCAGCCGUCACGCUCACCAGAAAUAACGACAAAGAUGCUGCCGAGUGCUCCGCCGCUAGAGCACGAAUUCGAGUCUCCACGAGAACCAGCUCCUUCGAUGGAGCAGAGGACACCGCCGAGAACGAUACCGGUGUACAAGCUUCCAGGAGCCCAUUCGAAUUCCUUGACGACGACGUUACCGAAGAGCACUCGUCGUCCGAGGUCUCCACUCAUUGGCGACUCAUUGCUCUCGACAGAGUGCACUGGCCAGCUAUGAGGCGGAGACAAAUGGUCGCUAGAGACGCUAACCUUGAUAGGUCCAACCCUCCGAUGACGGCUGAACGACUGCUAUUAUGGGUUGGUAUUCAGUCGAAACUACUUCUUCAAUUGGACACCACUCAUGGACUGGACAGUUUCGCAGCAUACAAAGCGAGCCGCAUUGUUAUGUGCCCUGAAAAUGCACAUAGAUACGAUCCCUCCAAUGAGGUCAUUCCAUUCGACGCGGAUAAUCAGCUGAGUAAGCUGCUCAUGGCAGCUUACGGAGAUGCAUAUCAUAGGAAGAGGAAAGCGUCGGUGGUGAUUGUGCUGAAACCGGCAGUCGGUAUCGCAGCAGUGGUACUUCUUGGUGAGGCCAUCUCACCAAGUUCACCACAAAGGUAUAGCUGUUGCGUGAGUUACAACGAGUCUGCACAGAGUUGCUAUGCGGUGAGCACUAUCCCCAUAAAUGCUUUAUUGAGCAAUCACACUUUCGAGGCUACAUCGUUUCAGGUUCGCAAAUGUCCGUUGAAUACCGAAGGACCAACCCUAAGCGAAGAGUUUUGCAGAGCAGAGCUGCUGCAUUUUAGGACCAAGAAUCAUGAUAUGUGGACGGACUUGUUGUACAAGAAGAACCUGGAGUUUUCGUAUGUUCUCAACAUCAUGCGCCAGUAUCACGCGCUCCAAAGUCUUUGUACAAAGAAGUUCACAAAUGACGGUGCUCAGCGCUCGAAUCCACGAUGGGAUACAAAAGCCGACCAACCACUGCUGAAGAAGCCACGAACGCGUUCUACA